AUGUUCGCCGUCAAAGGCCUCAACGUCUCAACAGACAAGCUCAAAGUCGAGACCGAGCAUGGCUCCGUCCUAGCGACCCCGAUGUCCCGUACUGUCGCCGCCGGCGAAGAGGGCGCUGGUCCCAAGCCCAAGAACAAGAAGCGCAAGAGAGCCGGCAGGUCCAACAACACGGAUGUCAAUCUCGAGAACGUCGCCGACCUCUGGGAGAGGGUGAUCGAGGGCGGCGACAACAAGGCCAGGAAGGCCAAAGAAGAUGCGAAGAAGGAAGCUCACAAGGUUAAGAAGCAAAAGACCGAGAAGGACCAGGCCGAGGGUACUACUACUACCUCCGAGGCCGCCGCUUCCAAGCCAGCUACCACCUUGAAGGACAAGAAGAAGAAGAUGAAGGCCGAAAAGAAGGCAGCCGCCGCCGCCGCCGAUGCCACCGCUACCACCAGCACCAGCACCACCGAAUCCAAGCCCGCCGCGCCCGCCGCACCCAAACUCACCCCCCUCCAAGCCGCCAUGCGCGAAAAGCUCAUCAGCGCACGCUUCCGCCACCUGAACGAAACACUCUACACCCGCCCCUCCAAGGAAGCUUUCUCCCUCUUCUCCGACUCUCCCGAGAUGUUCACCGAGUACCACGAAGGAUUCCGGCGGCAAGUCGACGUGUGGCCCGAGAACCCGGUAAAUGGGUACAUCGCCGACAUCAAGACGCGCGGCAAGCUGCGCAACGGUCCGCGCACCCGACCUGGCGAUGGGUCGUCUGAUGGAACCAAGUACCCUCUGCCCAGAGACAGGAACGGGCUGUGCACGAUUGCCGAUCUGGGCUGUGGAGAUGGCAAGCUUGGCGAGGCGUUGUUGCCGCUUAAACGCAAAUUGGGGAUCGAGGUCAAGAGCUACGAUUUGCAGGAUGGUGGAAAGCCGGAGCUUAUUACUAGGGCAGAUAUUGCGAAUUUGCCGCUGAAGGAUGGGUCCGUGGACGUGGUGAUCUUUUGUUUGGCGCUGAUGGGCACGAACUGGAUUGAUUUCGUUGAGGAGGCGUAUCGUAUUCUCAGAUGGAAGGGCGAGCUGUGGGUUGCGGAGAUCAAGUCGCGGUUUGUUGACCCGACGAAAGGCAAAAAGGGCGGCGUGGUGACCCACAGUGUGGGCAACCGCAGAAAGCCCGGUGCCGCAUCGGGUGGUCCCGUAGGCAAGAAGGACAAGGCCAAGCUGAAGGAGGAGGAAGAAGCCGAGGAGGAGCAGCAGUUGGCUGUUCACGUGGAUGGUGUCGAGCUCCGCAAGCAGGAGACGGACGUCACUGCUUUCGUGGAGGCGCUGAGGAAGAGAGGAUUCCUCCUCCAGAGAGAGUACGGCCAUGGCGCGGUGGACAUGGAUAAUAAGAUGUUUGUCAAGAUGCACUUUGUCAAGGCGGUGCCGGCCAUCAAGGGCAAGUGCGCGGACAUGAAGAAGGAGGCGCUCAAGACGACGCAGACGGAUGCCAAGGGACGGCCUAUCAAGACGCCCAAGUUCAUCGAUGCUGCCGCCGAUGGGGACUUCAAUGAGAACGCUCUUCUCAAGCCCUGUGUCUACAAGAUUAGGUAG